AUGAGGGAAUUUAAAAAAUAUCGUGAUGAACAUCAUAGAAGGCACUAUUAUAGAUCAUAUAAUAAAUAUAAUUCAAAUAAGAAUGAUGAAUAUAGAACUAACUACCAUCAUAGGAUAAAUAAAUAUAGUGGAAAAAAUUCAUAUAAUAAUUACGAAGAAAGAAAGAAAGAUAAUGAAAAAAAUAACCACAUUAGAGUAAAAAUAUCAAAUUUAGAUUACACAAUUUCCAAAAAUGAUUUAGUGGAAUUAUUUAGUAAUGUUUGUAAAGUUGUGAAUGCAUGGAUAAACUAUGAUCAUACAGAUAGAUCAAAUGGUACAGCAGUUUGUAUUUUUGAAAACAUAAAUGAUGCACAAAAAGCAAUUGAUAAAUAUGAUGGUUCAGAAAUUGAAGGUUUGUCAAUGAAAAUGGAAAUAAUGCAUAGAAAAAAUUAUAGCUAUAAAAAAAAACAUAAAAGUAGAUGUCCUUGGUAA